AGAGCAGCAGGAGGUGGAGGAGGAGGCUGCAGGACUCGGAGCUUGAUGUGAGGCGACAGGCGGGCCUUGACAAGCGAGCCUCACUCACAGCAGCGCUAAACCCACUCAGGAGAUUAGCGUCCACAUGUCCCGGCAUCAGCGGGAACACUGUCCCACUUUGUCUCGCAGCCUCGUUCUCGGGAGGGAGUCCGCCGCUGCCGGUUUUGCUUCUGUUGGUCGGGAGGAAUUCUGAAUUGUCUUGAGAGUGACUUUUGGAUUUGACAGGCAUCCCCCCCAACCCCGCAUUCCUCCACCAUGCCUGUCGAUGGAUUUACAUUCAAGAGUCGCAUUAGGAACCUGCUGAGGUCUCCUUCAGCCAGGAAGGCCAGGAGGGACAACAUCAUCGACAAGGUAACAUUGGAGAAGGUUCUGGGCAUCACCACUUUGGGCAACAGCGGCCUGACCUGCGACCCCAAAACUGGACUAGUGGCUUAUCCUGCAGGGUGUGUGCUUGUUUUGCUGAACCCCAGAAAGAACAGACAGCAGCACCUUAUCAACACGUCAGGAAAGACCAUCACAGCUCUGUCCUUCUCCCCGGAUGGAAAACACCUGGUCACGGGAGAGAGCGGCCACCUUCCCGCUGUCAGACUAUGGGACGUGGCUGAGCGACGGCAGGUGGCCGAGCUCCAGAAGCACAAAUACGGCGUCUCCUGCGUGACCUUCUCACCUGACUGCAAGUACAUCAUCAGCGUGGGCAACCAGCACGACAUGAUGGUCAACGUGUGGGCGUGGAAAAAGGACGUGGUGGUCGCCGCCAACAAGGUGUCCAGCAAGGUGACGGGGGUGUCCUUCUCCGAGGACAGCUCCUACUUUGUCACGGUGGGCAACAGGCAUGUCAAGUUCUGGUAUCUGGACCACUGCAAGGCCACCAAGGCCAGCGCCCCCGUCCCCCUGCUGGGCCGCUCGGGGCUGCUGGGCGAGCUGAGGAACAACAACUUCUGCCAUGUGGCGUGCGGGCGGGGCCAGAAAUGGGACUCCACCUUCUGCAUCACUUCCUCCGGCCUGCUGUGCGAGUUCAACGGCAAGAGGAUGCUGGACAAGUGGGUGGACCUGCGGACAAGCAUGGCCCAGUCGCUGUCUUUGUCCGAGGACAGGAUCUUCUGCGCCUGCGCCGAUGGAACGGUUCGAGCCUUCAGCCUGUUUGACCUGCGCUUUGUCUGCACGCUGCCCCGGCCACACCCCCUGGGCACGGACAUUGCGUCUAUUACCAAGGCUAGUCAAUUACUUUGCACAAAGACCGACGCACGCUACCCGGACGCCAUCGCAGUAACCUACGACUCCGUCAACUUCUGGCUCAGCUGCGUGUACGACGACCACAGCUUGUACGUGUGGGAUGUGAGAGACUUCAACAGCGUAGGAAAGGUCCACUCUGCCCUCUUCCAUGCUGCGUGCGUCUGGGACCUGGAGAUGUUUCCAGAUGUUCCUGGAGAAACAGCAGCUGGGCUGUCUCCUGCUGCGUUCCUCAGCUGUUCGUCAGAUAACACCAUCAGACUUUGGAACGUAGAGGACCGUGCGCAAGUUCAUUCUAGCAACAUCCUUAGCAAGGUGAGUUUCACUUCCCUCCAAAAAAUUGCACAUGCCAACGAGGAAGUGCUGACUUGUCUUUGUAUGCAGGAUCUCCUUAAGAUCAUCUACACCGGCGGCAGCACCGUCGCCUUGCAUGACCCUGAAAUUACGACCAACGUGAGUCUGGGUAAAGCGGCAGAAAGCCGAACAGGCAUCAGGACCAUCUGUGUCAGCCCCGACGGCAAACACCUGGCGUCUGGAGACAGAAACGGGAUGCUGAGAGUUCACACCCUCAGCAGCAUGGAGGAGAUUCUUCAAGUCCAAGCCCAUGAUGCUGAAAUCCUGUGCCUGGAGUACAGCAAACCAGAAACUGGUCUGCAGCUGCUGGCCACAGCGAGCAGGGACCGCUUGAUCCACGUCCUGGAUGCCGCCGCCGACUACAGUCUGGUGCAAACGCUGGAUGAGCACUCCUCGUCCAUAACCGCCGUUCGCUUUGCCGCCAAUGACAGCAAGGUGAGGCUGAUCAGCUGUGGGGCGGAUAAAAGCAUCUAUUUUCGCACUGCCCAUAUGAGUGACAAAGGAGCAGCGUUUCGACCUUCCCACCACACGGUGAGGAAGAGCACGCUGUACGACUUGGGUGUCGACCCCACCUGCAAGUACGCCGCUGUGGGCUGCCAGGACCGCUGCAUCAGGAUUUUCAACAUCAGUAGUGGCAAACAGAGGAAGCUUUACAAAGGAUCCCUCAGUGAGGACGGCAGCCUGCUCAGGGUUCAGAUCGAUCCAUCGGGUCAGUAUGUGGCUGCGAGCUGCUCCAAUAAGAACAUCAGCAUCUUUGACUUCUACAGCGGCGAGUGUGUGGCCACCAUGUUUGGACAUUCCGAGAUCGUCACUGGGAUGAGGUUCACCAACGACUGCAAGCAUUUGAUCAGCGUGUCGGGGGACAGCUGCAUCCUGGUGUGGCGUCUGGCCUCAGAGAUGACCAUCAGCAUGAGAGAGAGGCUCUUUCAGCUCCGGCAGGGCGCAAACACCCACAAGAGCGCCACCCUCAGGCGAGAGGCGUACAGCGCUCCCGCUCUGGUCGGCCUCUCCUCGGACGAAGACGGCGGUCACAACGAAGACUCCAACCGCCAGGAAGAGAACUCAGCCAUGAACACGUCCUCUGACAGCAGCCAUGGCGAAGAGGACACAGGGGGCUCCGAUGAAGGACCUGACUGGGGGUUGACAAAACCCGUGGUGACCACACCCAGCACCAGUCGUCGUCCUCGCAGGCGCUGGUCCCGUCGUAUGGGCUCCCUGGAAUUGAUGGUGAAGUCCAUGCUGGACCUGAGGCAGCUGGAAACCUUUGCCCCCAGUAAACCCGCGGACUCCCACGCUCGCAAUGGAGACCGACACAGCACGUCCAGCCUCCGGGAGCCCACGCAGCACCUUGAGGAGCGGGCCAAGCGUCGGCCCGGGCGAUGCCGCGAUUGGACGAAAAUGGACGGCACAGACGAGAACAGAGACGAGGGGGAGACGGGUCCACAAGACAUCAUGGUGAGGGAUCCACCGUGCAAGAAAGUCCUCAGCAAGAGCCAGGACAGCUACAGCCCGGACAGCGCCUGCUCGCUGGGCUACGACAGCAGAGGGACCAGUCCUGAUGGAGUCCUGGAUGACUCUGCCGAUGCAGCGUCCCUCAGCCUGGACAGCUCGGAUGACGACGAGGAGAUGGAGGACGGCACGGAUGAAGACGAGGAGGCAGAGAAGGCUGAGACCACCGGCGUGGAUGAAGCUCUUAAGACGGUGACCUCCGAGCUCGACAGCCGAGAAGAUUUCCUCAAGCAGAACUUUGAGACGCUGGCAGAUGGCUGCAGCAUAGCUGAGCCCAUCAGAGUCCCGAGGCUCAGCAUGUCUUCACGCUUCCUGGCCAGAGGACACCAUAGCAGCGGAGACCCCCUGUUGGCUAAAGUGCAGGGAAAGGCACCCAGCAGCCCCUCCUCCAAGCCCCCUGUGUCAAAAGUAAGACCCUUGAUGGAAGAAGGGGUGAGCAGAAACCUGGAGGACAAGACCCCCGUGUCCCCCAGCACCACCCACGGUCCAAAUCUCAGCAGGGGGGCUACCGCCGUCUCUGCUCCCAUCCCGAGACCGCAGAAGAAGACCACAUCUGCGUCCCACCUUUGGAGGCUCUCCACACCACCGUCCACACCUCCACUGCUGCUGGACGGAGCCAUGAGUCUGCAGAAGUCUCAGUCCGUCCAGAACCUGACCUUAACCUCUCCACGCUCUCCACUGCCCUCCAGCGACCGGAUAGAGGUGUGCAAGAGGCCCCAGCAUCUUCUUCUGGACCGUGACGCUCCCAAGCCCUCCUACUUGUCCUCGCCCUCCCCGGGGUCGCCGCAGUCUCCCCGCUCCCCCCACUCCUACAUGAAUCCCACAGCCAGCUCCCUGGCCAAGAGCAGCCGCUCCUCCUCACUGGGCGAAGGCCUCCACGCCGCCCUCCCCCUCAGCUUCUCCCUUUCCUCCAGAAGGUCAUUGUCGGGGGAUCUGGAGGCGGAGUCGCCCGCGCUGGCCUGUCUUCAGCCCACCGCCACAGUUCUGCCAACUCGUAUCCCUCAGCCCAAGCAGCCGCUCGGCCCGCGACGCAGCCUCUGCUCGGACUUGAAGGCCGGCACAAAGACUUCCUGUCUGGCCGUGGAACCAGCGUGUGAUGUCACUUCCUCUCCAGGACGCACAAAGGCAGCGGCUCCAGAUGACAAGAAGACCGUGUUUGUGUCACGGAGUAACCAGGAUGCAGGGUUUGGACCUGAAGAGCUCCCUCUGGCGGUGGAACAUCUCUGUGCACCCCCUCCUGACUCCCAGCCAGGUGUCCCAUUUGUUCCUAACCUGUCGCUCCCUAGCCCUCCUCUUUGUCUUCAUCGUCAUUCUCUUGCUCCGCGCCGGCCACCACUCGCCGCCCGGCCCGUGUGUCAGUCUGCGUGCGUGUCGCCCGUGUCUCCUCCGUGUGUGGCGCCGCCCCCCUGCUGGCAGUGCCACGGCGGGGAGUCCAUCACCUUGGAAACGUGCAAGCAGGCUGUCGGUGAUCUUCACAGCAGUCUGAGGAGAACCAUCACGCUGUACACGGCGGUGCUCCAGCGCCAUCCACAGGCCGCAGGUGAAGGUCUCCAGGAGAUGGAGAAGAUUUUGUCUGAAGCCCUGGCGUCCGUCAAGGCUGAGCUGGACCCGCUGUCUCGUUCCACGACGGGUUCAGAGGUGAAAGGCGAAGCCCUGGCCCUGCUGGAGCAGUAUGCCGAGCUGCUGCUGAAGUCCGUGGAGAGGAAGCUGGAUGGAAAGAUGUGACCGAGGAGGACACCCCCGCAAAGAUGGUAACCGACUCUUAUUUGUCGCUGAGGAUUUUGCACUAAAAGACUUCAAGCAGUCUGCCUUAUUCUGCUCAAAUAAUAAUGAUGCGUUGCCUUAGCUCUUUGUUGUUUCAUUUGUAUUUUCUAAGCACCUUUUGUCAUCUUAUCGCAAUGAACACCCCCACAUAAAAGACAAGUCUCACCUUUCAUGAAAGACAAGUUGAGGUGAAGGAGUGAUCAGGUUGGAAAUGCACGCGUCUCAAUCGUUUUCUUCUUUGUGAGCCAGUAAGCUUUCAUCCUGUAAGAACGUCGUGUGCGUACUUGACCACACUAUCGACUCCAAAUAAACAAAACAAAGCCAAGCAUCUUUCUUUUCAUUUAGCAUUUAAGCAACACUUUUCAUCUUCAGAAAAUGUCCAUCCUUCCCUGACCUCACUAGGGCCACGGCUGUGCUGGAGCCUAUCCCAGCUGUCUUGGGGUACACGAUGGACUGGUCACCAGCCAAUCACAGGGCACUUUAGAAAAAGGUUUACAGAUAUUUGUCAUUAAAAAAAACAAAACAUAUUCAAUGUUAUAAUAAUAUUUUUGAAUUUAUUUAAAUAUUUUUUUAUCUUUAAAAAAAUGUAAUCUUAGAAAAGUGUUUUAAAAUUAAUUUCUAAAUUUAAAAAUAAACAUAUAUCGUUGUUGUUCUGUUUUUGUAUUUCUUUAGCAUUUGAUUUAUCUUUUAAAAAGUUUACAUUAAAAAAAAAUCUUAGAAAAUAAAUAUUUUUUAUCUUUAAAUAUUUAAAAAUAAUUUUUAUAAAAAAAAUUAUCAAAUGCUUUCACUGUUCUUU